AUGAAAGUGUCGCUGGGGUGUGGUGACAUGGGCAUCUCUGCCCACCUACAGGCUUCAAAAACCGGAAACACUCGUUUCUUUACGAGCAACACGCACAGCUCAGUAGUCCUUCAGGUGAGUAGUAGUGGAGGGAUAUAGGAGAGAGACAGAGAGAUGGUGCUGCUGAGGAGGAUGUACAGAUUGAUCAACCUCAUAAAAGCCAUAAUGAAAUAUGCCAGGAUGAUUUUCAUGUUCCUUCAGAAGUCCUGUGAUUGAUUGAAAUGAUAGAUAUACAGGCAGGUCCAUAAAUAUUGGCACCCUUAAUAAGGAUGAGCAAAAAAGACUGUAUAAAGUAAUUAAAAUACUGAGCUAUAUUGAAUGCUAAUGUUGUUGUUGUAAAUUAUAUAUAUUAUUAUUUUAUACUAUUACAAUUGCUCAGUGAAAGAGAUUUUGUUUAACAAGUAAUUAAACAAGAUUUCAAAAAGAGAGGGGUCAAAAUUAUUAGCACCUUUUCUAAAAUGUUUUAUGAGAUUGGAGAACACUUUGGGAGGGAUCUUAGACCAUUCCUCCAUACAGAAUCUUUCUAGAUCCUUGAUAUAAUGAAUCUGCUCUUAUGGACUGCCCUCUUCAAUUCAAACCACAAGUUUUCAAUGGGUUUCAAGUCCGGAGACUGAGAUGGCCAUUGCAAAAUGUAAAUUUUUCUGGGUCAAUUAACCCUUUCUUUGUGGAUUUUGAUGUGUGCUUGGGGUUAUUGUCUUGCUGGAAGAUCCACUUGCGGCCUCCUGGCAGAGGCAACCAGGUUUUUGGUUAAAAUGAGAUUUUAUGGGAAAAUGUCUUAUUGUUUACACUGCCAUUUUUUAAAAUCAGUUUUCCAUUAAAAUGCUAAGACAAAUCCAUACAAUUCCACAUGAAAUCACAAUGCAGCUGCAAAGUUUACCAGGAGGCUGACACUUGGCCGCAAGUGGAUCUUCCAGUGCACAUACAAAUCCACAAAGAAAUGGUUAAUUGACAAAAAUAAAACGAUUGCAAUGGCCAUCUCAGUCUCCGGACUUGAACCCCAUUGAAAACCUGUGGUUUGAAUUGAAGAGGGCAGUCCAUAAGAGCAGACAAAGGAUAUCACGGAUCUGGAAAGAUUCUGUAUGGAGGAAUGGUCUAAGAUCCCUCCCAACAUGUUCUCCAAUCUCAUAAAACAUUUUAUAAAAAGGCUGUGUCGUUAUCCUCGCAAUGGGAGGGUGCUAGAGUAAUGAAGAUAUGCAGUGCCAAUACUUUUGACCCUUAUCUUAAAAAAAAAAAAUUUGCCAGACAAAGGAAUGACUAAGGGCCUUUACCCAACUCAAAAAAUAUCUGAACACAACAAAAAACCACACAAAUGGCCCUUAGUUUGUUUCAAUCAGGUUUUCUGUUCAAAAUUCUAUUCUAAAACACAUUGCCGUUAACAAAAAGUUGUUCCUGUGCAGAUCUUCAACGAUGUGCAGCACCAAUCAUACUCAUCUAUCUCAAACAAUCUCGUCUAGGCUAUUUUGUGCAGCUCUUAAUCACACUUUGUUUCUCCUUCACGCUUGUAACCUUCAAACACUGCACACAUUUCUUCCUUUGAUCUAUAAACUAUUAUGGAAUUCGUACAAUUAAUGUCAAACUUUUUAUAAGCACAUCAGGGUUUAGCCUUCACUAUCACUAUCCACUAUGUGGUCUCCCACUAAUCACUGGCACAUCUAAAGUCAGGAUGCAAUGCGCGUGGAGGGCAAAGCACAUAAACAAUGGAAUAAAUCAGGGUCGUGCGUGCGAGCUGUCUAAGAGAUAAGACUUGUCUUUCAAACCUAUUCGCUGCAUUUGAUAAGGAGAAUGAUCAGUGAUUCACUGCGGAGGAAGGGAAUUAUGUUCUAAGAUCAUUGAAAACUGUUAUGUUCUCUACAAAGAGUUGUCAAACUGAUAUAUUUUAUGAAGUUGCAUUAAAAUAAUGGAAAUGACUGUUCCCUCUAGUUGAAAUGGCCUACUUUUUUCAUCGCACUCAUAGAACGAGAUGUCUUCUGCAUAUGAGGAGAUAAAAAGAAAAUGUGAUGACAAUUGAAAUGGAGAUUAAAUCCUUUAUAUUAUUUAAAUAGGCUAGCUAGCUGUAAUUUGAAGGGGACGACGGAGCGAUGGUAGUGACUCCUGCAGUGCAGACAGACAGUGGCUCAGCGUGUUGGGCUCCAGCUGUUUGAUGACGCAUCAGUACCAGUGGGCCAGUGAGUCCGGCUCCUUGCCCUGCCUUUUCUGCUUGGCCCAUGCCAGUCUCAGUCCACACGUGAAGGUCGUCACAGAGAGAGGGGCCGCCAGGCAGGAGCUGGCAGAAAGCUACUGGACUCAUCAAUGUGUGACCUGUCCACACUGUGUGUACUCCACAACCUGUCAGUAUGAUGGAGGUGUGUUGUGUUGACGUGUUGUUAGGCAGAGUGCUUCUAAGGUCCCCUUCAACAGUGUAAUAGCCUUUUAACUGGUGAAUAGUUUUUAAACCUGCUGUUGAAGAGUGUAUUAUUGUGUGUUGAAAAAGUUUUAGGGACACAGCACUGGCUGAAAUUAUUUGCAGGCAGGUUGUCAAGAAACGGGAACACUUGGGUGGCUGUGUUUUUCUGUUUGUCUUUUCAUGUAGUGAUUGAGUUAGACUAAUCCAGUCUCCGUGUACCAGUCUGGGCAGGCCUUAUACCAAUGAGGCCAUGGUCUGGUUCAGGACAGAUGGUCUCUCCACACAGGACACAGAGCAGCUCUCUAACAGGCUGGUCUCUCCUCUUUCUCUCUCUCCCCCUCCCUCCCAGGGAUUUGACCAGCUGAGGAUAGAGGGAUUACUGUGUGAUGUCACGCUGGUGGCGGGGGACGGAGACGAAGCCUUCCCAGUGCAUCGCGCCAUGAUGGCCUCCUCCAGCGACUACUUCAAAGCCAUGUUCACAGGUAAGCCAUUAUGCCUCCAUCUCUCUCACCGCCUCUCACUGACCCACAGCAGCACGGGAUGGGACGUCCGCAUACUGUGUUUUAAUGUUGAUUAACAGACUGAGUAAUCAGAGGAUUUGCCUGCUUGUCACGCGUCCGUCAAUCAAUCUCUACUCUAGGGCUCUGCAGCUCUGCAGCUGAUAGCAUUGUGUUGUCUGGUUGUUGCGUAAAAUCUCUCUCUGAUAUGAAAGAGACCCAAAGUGCUCCUUUAAGCACAGCGUGAAUCCUCCAGGAUUUGAGAUGCUGCUUUUUACUUCCCCUGUCAUCUUUACAUUCUGACAAGCUACCUUACCUUGAAUUAGACAUGGUCCUUUUCCCCAGGGGUUAAGGUUUUGAUUUGCCUUGUGCUUUUUGAAAAAUAAUAAGGUUUGCUUUUCACAAGAUAACACAACUAUUGCAUUCAUCACUGAGGUGGCCCUGAGGUUGUUUAGAAAUGUGCUUUCUUUUAUUUUACAAUACCUGGGAAAUCAAUUCAGUGAUAAGCAACGAUAUUCCGCUUUUUGUUUCUUAUUUUCUGUAUUUCUGUUUUUCGGUAUUUCAUCUUGUUGUAGCUUAGUAACUGCCUCACUGAUGACGCAAAUAUACAUUACUUGGAUAGAUGCAGUGAGAGGAAGACUAUCCUUCAACAGUUAGGCAGUUUCAUAUGUCCUCUCUUAACAAUCCAAAAUAGUACAGCCUCAAUACCUGUAAGUGGUUAUUAAACAGAUAUUUGGUACAAUACCCAUUUCAAUUAAUAUAUUCAAUUUAGCAGACGCAUUGGGGGCAUACUUAUUUCACUGUACAUUUGACAUUUUAGUCAUUUAGCAGACGCUCUUAUCCAGAGCGAUUUACAGGAGCAAUUAGGGUUAAGUGCCUUGCUCAAGGGCACAGCGACAGGUUUUUCACCUAGUCAGCUCGGGGAUUAGAACCAGCGACCUUUCGGUUACUGGCACAACGCUCUUAACCACUAAGCUGUACCUGUGCGCCCAAUAUAUAAACAGUACCACGUGGCGUUUGUCCACUCAAACUAAUCGAUCUGUGCUCAGCGAUUGGCUUGGAAAGCAUAUAUCGAUCUACAUAAGUUUAAAGUAAUAAAUCGAUUGUUGUAUAACUAGGAAAAAUAACCCAUUGGAUUAAAAGUGAUUUAUAGGGGUUUUUCUUCCACUUUAACGUAAGGCUUUAUCCCAUUACUCGUCCAUCGCCUUCCACGCCCGCCAAACAUGUCUCACACGCAACCACCCCCUCUCCUGAGAAACCCGCAAGAAAUUUAUCCAGCACCAUGCGUCCACAAAAAACAAAUCCCGAACUUUGUCCAGAUCCAGGUAUUGUCAUGUUGGUGAUUUUUAGCUUAGGUUACUGUCGAUUUCAGCACGAGUUUCAAUGUAUUUCUAAAUGAACCAUAUCGCAUGCACUCGACAACAGAAUGUUCCUUGACGUGUUAGCACCAUCAGUUCCCCCUAGUUCGCCCAUAUAAAUUAAUGGUAGCCACUUCAAAAAUAACUGUAAACGCGAUACAUGGCAAAUUAGCAGGGAAAAGAGUGAGGUGAUUGCCAUCUUUUUUGCGGCAGUGCUGCCUGCUAGCAGUAGUCAUCUCUGAUUGAUUGAGAGGUUCAAGGAGUGAUCAUCGUUAAGUAACAUAAGAUGCAACGCAUUUGUAACUUUGCCCCAGAAGCAUUUAACUGCAGGGCACUCCCACAUCAUAUGAAGGAAUGUGCCUACCUGAUUUAGGGGACACAGUUGGGAGUUGGGGCCAAUUUCAUCGUAAAGUGUUUCCUUGGUGUUAAAUACAGUCUGUGAACAAACUUAAAAUGUAUAAGUUGAUGGUUUGGAUUCCUCGUUCUGUUCCAGUUAAAUGGUUGUUCAGAUUCAAUUAGGUCUGUGGAUCAUACUUUUUUUUAUAGCUAGCACAGAAUAUGAGCUUUCCAAAAGUUGUUUAUAUAUUAUAGAGAUCAGUCCUUUCGGGAGCCCAGAUAAUUGAUUUAUAAAUUCCAUCAUUGGAUGGUUCUGUAGUUGGGUUCCCCAAUGGGACUCCAUAGCUGACCUAAGUUGUAAAUAUAGAAAAAAAAGAGUUGCCUGGUAAUGCCUAUGUAUCUUUCAAAUCCUGGAAUGUUCUCAAACCAUUACUGUCCAUGAUAUCGGCAAAGGUACAGAUUCCACCUUUGGGGCGAUGCAAAAGUCUGCCCUCCAGAUCGCAAGGCAUUAUUGUGAAAUAUUGGGCAUGCCAUUUUGAUUCCUAGUUACAUUGUGUUUCAAUUUUGCGCCAAAUAGGAAUUGGGUGAACGAUAAUAGGACCAAAGAGUAUUUUCCAUUGUUUAAGAUAUAUAUCAGUAAAAACCACCCUUUUCCAGGGCAAUAGGAGACACCAUAUUUAAGAUAUGUAAUAAUGGACGGAGGUUAUCAGAGAAUAAACGUUUUUUAACAAACCCGCUUUGGUCCGUGUGGACCUGUCUCGAGACGGGACGACAACAUUUUUGAAAACAGUUUAAUAUCUGUAUUUAUCCAAGAUAGGGAGCGAUAGUGAUAACACUGUGUGGCAUCUUUACCUUAUUUUUUAUAAAGGGGAAAUUAGUGCUGUAUUCACAUCUCUCCCAAAUUAACCUUUGUGAAUGGCUGUGUUAAUUCUUUUGCGCAAUAGUGGACCUAAUUGACUCCAAGAUGUUAAAUAGACCAGGUGAUUUGCCUUUAUUCAUGCUAUCCAAUGCCCUUUUGAGUUCAUUUAGAGAGAUUUGUGCUCCCAGCGAGGUGGCUUCCUCUGUUGAGAAAAUAGGAUUUCUUAUUUAUUUUGGAAAGGACUUAGUCUGGCUUGGUGUGGAUGUACAAUCAGAGGUGUACAGUUCUUCAUAGAAGCGGGAUAAUCUUUGAUUAAUUUGGGUUCUGAUUGUAAUUCCCCUGUUACAUAUUCAAUUGUCGCUAUGUCAGCUAAUUGAUCAGUACUGCGUAUCUUGUUGGCCAGUAAACAACUGGGACGACUACUAUGGAAGUAAUGGUUAAGUCUAACAUGAUGGAUGGCAAAUUCUGCUCUCUGUCUUAUCAAUAACUUAAGUUCUGUCUUGACUUUGGAAAGAGUAAUAAACUCAGCAAAAAAAGAAAUGUCCCUUUUUCAGGACCCUGUCUUUCAAAGAUAAUUCUUAAAAUUCCAAAUAACUUCACAGAUCUUAAUUGUAAAGGGUUUAAACACUGUUUCCCAUGCUUGUUCAAUGAACCAUAAACAAUUAAUGAACAUGCACCUGUGGAAUGGUCGUUAAGACACUAACAGCUUACAGACGGUAGGCUAUUACGGUCACAGUUAUGAAAACUUAGGACACUAAAGAGGCCUUUCUACUGACUCUGAAAAACACCAAAAUAAAGAUGCCCAGGAUCCCUGCUCAUCUGCGUGAACGUGCCUUAGGCAUGCUGCAAGGAGGCAUGAGGACUGCAUAUGUGGCCAGGGCAAUAAAUUGCAAUGUCCGUACUGUGAGACGCCUAAGACAGCGCUACAGGGAGACAGGUCGUACAGCUGAUCGUCCUCGCAGUGGCAGACCACGUGUAACAACAUCUACACAGGAUCGGUUCAUCCGAACAUCACACCUGCGGUACAGGCACAGGAUGACAACAACAACUGCCGAGUUACACCAGGAACGCACAAUCCCUCCAUAAGUGCUCAGACUGUCCGCAAUAAGCUGAGAGAGGCUGGACUGAGGGCUUUUAGGCCUGUUGUAAGGCAGGUCCUCACCAGACAUCACCGGCAACAACGUCGCCUAUGGGCACAAACCCACCGUCGCUGGACCAGACAGGAAAGUGCUCUUCACUGACGAGUCACGGUUUUGUCUUACCAGGGGUGAUGGUCGGAUUUGCGUUUAUCAUCGAAUGAAUGAGCAUUACACCAAGGCCUAUACUCUGGAGCGGGAUCGAUUUGGAGGUGGAGGGUCCGUCAUGGUCUGGGGCGGUGUGUCACAGCAUCAUCAGACUGAGCUUGUUGUCAUUGCAAGCAAUCUCAACGCUGUGCAUUACAGGGAAGACAUCAUCCUCCCUCAUGUGGUACCAUUCCUGCAGGCUCAUCCUGACAUGACCCUCCAGCAUGACAAUGGCACCAGCUAUACUGCUCGUUCUGUGCGUGAUUUUCUGCAAGACAGGAAUGUCAGUGUUCUGCCAUGGCCAGGGAAGAGCCCGCAUCUCAAUCCCAUUGAGCUCGUCUGGGACGUGUUGUAUCGGAGGGUGAGGGCUAGGGCCAUUCCCGCCAGAAAUGUCCGGGAACUUGCAGGUGCCUUGGUGGAAGAGUGGGGUAACAUCUCACAGCAAGAACUGGCAAAUCUGGUGGAGUCCAUGAGGAGGAGAUGCACUGCAGUACUUAAUGCAGCUGGUGGCCACACCAGAUACUGACUGUUACUUUUGAUUUAUAUUUUUAUUGAUCAUUAUGAAUUCAUUUAUUUCCAUUUCAAAUUGAUCAGAGAAUGUAGGAUUUUGUAGUAAGCGUGGUGGUCAGACAAACUCAUGUCAAAUUUAUAUUUUGAUUAAAGAAAAUAGUUGUAGAUAAUAUUAGGAAAUCGAUUUGUGAGAAUGACAUAUGCCUGUUUGAGUAGAAAGUGUACUCUUUAGCUUUAGGAUUAUGUGCUCGCCAGGCAUCAAUGUGGAUGUAAUCAGAGAUUAUAUGCUGGAGAGCCUUGGUUGCGUGUCGAUUGUAGUUGGUCUUAUUAGAAUUGUCCUACAUGUCCAAAAUGUAUUUAGUCACAAAUGUGCUCUUUAUGACAGACUGUUACAAUUAGGUGAAAUCAAACGUUUUUUUGAGCAAGUUACACAUCUCAAAAGGCACCGAAUUGGUGGACCCAGAUGUGUUAAAAGGGAAGUGAGUCACUGUUUAAGCCGGUAAUAAUAUGCUGCUGCAGAUGCUGAGCAAAGGCUUUUCACUGCGACCCACAGCCCUCUCUGAGUGAAUUAUACAGUCUCCAGGCUUUGGUGAAUACAUUUCCUUUACAUGCAGCCAUAAUGGUAGGUGUGUGAAAGCUCAGUGGAAUGGCGUCUGUUCGUUCUGUUAGCCUUUACUGUCAAAGGCAGAGCUCAUAUGUAACGCUAUUACCUUUUUAUCUGACUAGUGCCUUUAAGUUACUAAGUAUGUAACUGUGUUGAAAGUCACUGAUCCACAAGUAAUUUUGCAUGCCGAAUAACCCUAGGGAAUAUCAGUAGCCUGGUCAAACUGCGCACUGUGCCCAGCUUGGCGCGUUGUUCCUGAUCUUGCACAUCUGCUCGGCACCUUCAGCAUGCAAAAAUGGCUUGCCUGAUAUUAGGUAUUAUAAGUUGAUGUAAUAUGUUAGGUUAUUGUUAUCUACAGUGCCUUCAAAAAGUAUUCAUACCCCUUGACUUAUUCCAUAUUUUGUUGUUUUACAGCCUGAAUUCAAAAUGAAUUAAAUUGACACAAUACCCCAUAAUGACAGUGAAAACAUGUUUUUAGAAAUGUCUGCAAAUGUAUUGAAAAUGAAAUACAGACAUAUCUCAUUUACAUAAGUAUUCACACCCUUGAGUUCAAUACAUGCUAGAAGCAUCUUUGGCAGCGAUUAUAGCUGUGAAUCUUUUUGGGUAAGUCUCUUAAGAGCUUUGCACACCUGGAUUGUGCAACAUUUGCCCAUUUUUAUUAUUUUCAGAAUUCUUCAACCUCUGUCAAAUUGGUUGUUGAUCAUUGCUAGACAACAAUUUUCAGGUCUUACCAUAGAUUUUCAAGCAGAUUUAUAUCAAAACGGUGACUCGGCCACUCAGGAACAUUCACUGUCUUCUUGGUAAGCAACUCCAGUGUAGAUUUGGCCUUGUGUUUUAGGUUAUUAUCCUGCUGAAAGGUGAAUUCAUCUCCCAGUGUCUGGUGGAAAGCAGGCUGAACCACUUUUUCCUCUAGGAUUUUGCCUGUGCUUAGGUCCUUUACGUUUCUUUUUUAUCCUGAAAAACUCCCCCAGUCCUUAACAAUUACAAGCAUACACAUAACAUGAUGCAGCCACCACUAUGCAAUAAAAUAUGGAGACUGGUACUCAGUCAUGUGUUGUAUUGGAUUUGCCCCAAACAUAACACUUUGUAUUCAGGACAAAAAGUGAAUUGCUUUGCCACAUUUUAUGCAGUAUUACUUUAGUGCCUUGUUGCAAACAGGAUGCGUGUUUUGGAAUAUUUUUAUUCUGUACAGGCUUCCUUCGUUAAUUGGGUUGUAUUGUUGAUCCAUCCUCAGUUUUCGCCUAUGAAAGCCAUUAAACUCUGUAACUGUUUUAAAGUCACCAUUGGCCUCAUGGUGAAAUCCCUGAGCGGUUUCCUUCCUCUCCGGCAACUGAGUUAGGAAGGAUGCCUCUAUCUUUGUAGUGACUAGGUGUGUUGAUACACCAUCCAAAGUGUAAUUAAUAACUUCACCAUGCUCAAAGGGAUAUUCAAUGUCUGUUUUUUUUUUUGUUUUUUUUUUACCCAUCUACCAAUAGGUACCCUUCUUUGCAAGGGUUGUUUUUGAAAUUCACUGCUCAACUGAGGGACCUUACAGAGAUAAUUGUAUGUGUGGGGUACAGAGUGAGUCCAUGCAACUUAUGUGACUUGUUAAGCACAUUUUGUCUCCUGAACUUAUUUAGGCAUGCCAUAACAACAGGUUUGAAUACUUACGGACUCAAGACAUUUCAGCUUUCAUUUAGUAUUCAUUAGUUUAAAAAAAUCGAAAAACGUAAUUCCACUUUGACAUUAUGGGGUAUAGUGUGUAGGCCAGUGACAAUUCAGGUUGUAACACAACACAAUUUGGAAAAAGUCAAGGGGUGUGAAUACCUUCUGAAGGCACUGUUGAAAAAUGUGUUUUACCGGAAUAAAAGUAAACUACCGGAGACACAACAGUCAUCUGAAUAGUUGGCACCUUAAUCUAAUAGUGGUAGAUGGUAGAUGUCUAGUCUCCUUUACGGCUCGGAUCAGGUGCCUACAUAGUAUAGACCAUAGACAUACAUCAUUUACACACACACACACACACACACACACACACACACGUCAGUUCAGACACAUCCAGCUCAGAGAGGCCCAGCUCAUGAGCUCAAAUUUAGAAUGGAAAAUGUAUGUGUUUAUGCAACAAAUCUUAGGGAAUCAUAUCGCAUCGAUUCGUUCUCUAAUCCAACCGAAUCGCACCUAAUCAUUUCAAUCUAAAAUGUAUCAUUCCUGUAUCGUAUCGGAGCCUAUGUAUCUAGAUACGUAUCAAAUCGUCUUGAAAGGGAAAGAUGCACAUCCCUACUUUACAUAAUAUGUAUUUUCUUUCCUCUCUCUCCUCAUCACGCAGGUGGAAUGAAGGAACAGGAUUUAAUGUGCAUCAAGCUUCAUGGUGUCAACCGAAUAGGCCUGAAGAAGAUCAUAGACUUCAUCUACACGGCCAAGCUGUCUCUCAACAUGGAGAACCUGCAGGACACACUGGAGGCAGCCAGCUUCCUCCAGAUCCUCCCCGUGCUCGACUUCUGCAAGGUCUUUCUCAUAUCUGGGGUAAGGAGCCUAACACAGCCUGCUCAUCUAGCCUGCUCAGCCCCCCAGAAUCAGCCAGGGGGGUUAUACACAGCAGCAGCUUAAGAUGCCCCCGACUACUGUACUCUACUGCUUACUUUAAUGUCUACAUUUGGACUUGCACUGGGAUAAAAGCACUGGGGCCGUACUCGUGAACUUUUGUUUAGACCUGAGGUUUAUUAUACCUGGUAUAAAAUGGCUAGUGGCUAGCUUUUCUCAUAGGCCAACCUGGCACAAUCCAUGACACUGAGGAUGGAUGACCAGCUGAGCACAUAAUUAUAUCCGGGAACUGAUUCCAUAUCAACAAAUUAAAAUCGUUGACGUAGUUGGACGUGCCCUAUUUCACUUGAGGACCUGCAGUGGAGUGUUUUCUCCUUUGUAAAAAAACGUACCCUGAAUGGGAUUCGUGAGGUCCCUGGCAAUUUCCCAGCCCUAGUAUGAAUACAAAUGUACAUGUUAUAUAAUCCUCCUACUUUCUUCUGUAAAAGUACAUGAAUGUGUGUGAAAUAGAUAAGCAAAAAUUGGGAAUUUGGUCAAAUAUGCAAAAGGUGCCUUUUUAAUUUUGUGUAACUUCAGUAGCCUAGUCAAGGAAGCAUCAUGCAAUAUAUAUUGAUUGGCACACUGCACUUUAGACCGAGGCAUGGGUUACAUUUACAUUUUAGUCAUUUAGCAGACGCUCUUAUCCAGAUUAGUUAGUGAGUGCAUACAUUUUUCAUACUUUUACAAAAUAAACCUUAAAGUUUGAGGUUUUAGAAUCUCCCUCUGGUGGCCGAGUUGACCUGUUUAACAAAUGUGAUUGGAUUGUGACUCUGCCGUGUAAGGUCUCUGAUAGGUUGAUUCGUUAUUCUGAUCCUGGAUAUAAUUAUGUGCUCACCUCGUCGUCCUCAGCAUCAAGGCUAAUUGUGCCAGGUUUGCCUUUGAGAAAAGCUAGCUACUAGCCAUUUUAGACCACAGGUAUAAACCACGGGUCUAAGCAAAAGUUUGUGUGUGAUUAAGAGUGAUUGCUUCUCACUGCUUCCCCUUUCUCCUUGGCUGCAGGUGUCCCUGGAUAACUGUGUGGAGGUGGGGCGCAUAGCUAACGCAUACAACCUCACUGAGGUAGACAAAUACGUCAACAACUUCAUCCUCAAGAACUUCCCCUCGUUUCUGGGCACGGGGGAGUUUAUCAAGCUGCCCUUUGAGCGGCUGGCCUUUGUUCUGUCCAGUAACAGUCUGAAGCACUGCAGCGAGCUGGACCUGUUCAAGGCCGCGUGCCGCUGGCUCCGCUAUGAGGACGGACGCAUGGACCACGCCCCCAAGCUCAUGAAGAACAUCCGCUUCCCCCUCAUGAACCCCCAGGAGCUCAUCAACUACGUGCAGACUGUAGACUUUAUGCGCACAGACAACACAUGCGUAAACCUCCUCCUGGAGGCCAGUAACUACCAGAUGAUGCCCUACAUGCAGCCGGUCAUGCAGUCGGAGAGGACGGCCAUCCGCUCAGACAGCGGCCACCUGGUCACCCUGGGCGGCGUCCUGCGCCAGCAGCUGGUGGUCAGUAAGGAGCUGCGUCUGUUUGACGAGAAGGCCCACGAGUGGAAGGCGCUGGCGCCCAUGGACGCCCCCCGCUACCAGCACGGCAUCGCCGUCAUCGGCAACUUCCUCUACGUGGUGGGAGGCCAGAGCAACUACGACACCAAAGGCAAGACGGCGGUGGACACGGUGUUCCGGUACGACCCGCGCUACAACAAGUGGAUGCAGGUGGCGUGCCUUAACGAAAAACGUACUUUCUUCCACCUCAGCGCUCUCAAAGGACACCUCUACGCCGUGGGUGGCCGCAACGCUGCGGGAGAGCUGGGUGAGUUUAAUUCAUUACGCCCGGCUUAUUACUCUGCUUUUAGUCCUUUAGUCUAAUGCUGCAACAUACACUACAUGACCAAUAGUAUGUGGACACCUGCUUGUCGAACAUCUCAUUCCAAAAUCAUGGGCGUUAAUAUGGAGUAGGUCCCCCCUUCGCUGCUAUAACAGCCUCCACUCUUCUGGGAAGGCUUUCCACUAAAUGUAGGAACGUUGCUGCGGGGACUUGCUUCCAUUCAGACAAUAGAGUAUUAGUGAGGUCGGGCAUUGAUGUUGGGCGAUUAGGCCUGGCUCGCAGUCGGCGUUCCAAUUCAUCCCAGAAGUGUUUGAUGGCGUUGAGGUCAGAGCUUUGUGCAGGCCAGUCAAGUUCUUCCACACCGAUCUCGACAAACCAUUUCUGUAUGGACCUCACUUUGUGCACGGGGGCAUUGUCAUGCUGAAACAGGAAAGAGCCUUCCCCUAACUGUUGCCACAAAGUUGGAAGCACACGUCUAGAAUGUAAUUGUAUGCUGUGGCGUUAAGAUUUCCCUUCACUGGAACUAAGGGGCCUAGCCCGAACAAUGAAAACCAGCCCCAGACAAUUAUUCCUCCUCCACCAAACUUUACAGUUGGCACUAUGCAUUCUGGCAGGUAGCGUUCUCCUGGCAUCCACCAAACCCAGAUUGGUCCGUCGGACUGCCAGAUGGGGAAGCGUGAUUAAUCACUACAGAGAACGCGUUUCCACUGCGCCAGAGUCCAAUGGUGGCAAGCUUUACACCACUCCAGCCAAUGCUUGGCAUUGCGCAUGGUGAUCUUAGGCUUGUGUGCGGCUGCUCGGCCAUGGAAACCCAUUUCAUGAAGCUCCCGACGAACAGUUUGUGUGCUGACGUUGCUUCCAAAGGCAGUUUGGAACUCGGUAGUGAGUGUUGCAACCGAGGACAGACAAUUUUUACAUGCUACGCGCUUCAGCACUCUGCAGUCCCGUUCUGUGUGCUUGUGUGGCCUACCACUUUGCGGCUGAGCCAUUGUUGUUCCUAGAUGUUUCCAGAAAUGUCAUGAACUGACUUGUUGGAAAGGUGGCAUCCUAUGACAGUGCCACAUUGAAUGUCACUGAGCUCUUCAGUAAGGCCAUUCUACUGCCAACGUUUGUCUAUGGAGAUUGCAUGGCUGUGUGCUCGAUUUUAUACACCUGUCAGCAAUGGGUGUGGCUGAAAUAGCCAAAUCAACUAAUUUGAAGAUGUGUCCACAUACUUUUGUAUAUGUGUCUGGGUAUGUUCUGAAAGGACAUUUCAUGGGAAAUAGUCAAAGGCAAGCACAAGGUACACACUGUAACAAUGUAGCAUUGUAUCAGCAUACAGUGCCUUUAGAAAGUAUUCAGACUUUUUCCACAUUUUGUUACUUUACAGCCUUAUUAUAAUGAAUUAAAUAGAUUUGUUUCCAUUAGCAAUCUGCACACAAUAGCCCAAAAUGGCAAAGAGAAAACAGGUUUUUAGACAUUUUUGCAAAUGUAUUAAAAAUCAAAAACAGAAAUACCUUAUUUACAUAAGUAUUCAGACCCUUUGCUAUGAGACUCGAAAUUGAGCUCAAGUGCAUCCUGUUUCCUUUGAUCAUCCUUGAGAUGUUUCUACAACUUGAUUGGAGUCCACCUGUGGUAAAUUCAAUUGAUUGGACCUGAUUUUGGAAAGGCACACAGAGUGUCUUGUUUGCAACGCUGUUUGAAAAUAAUUACAUCAUAGACAUCCUUAUGAAUCUAAGCAUGGCACUUUCAAAACGUACCUUUCCACCCAGACAGAGGCUCUACCGACGCAGAAAAAUGUGAGCUUCAACUGCUGGCUACUCGUCCGUUGUAUAACCCAACGACAGAAGUGCUUCUCUAAAAGCUGCCUGGGUUUAAACAAACGUCUUCUCUUUUCAGACAGAGAAAAGCUCAAUUAAUAGGGAUAGAAUAGCAAUGUCCAUUUUUUAUCUCCUCUAAUAUUAUAGGCUGCAGCUCAGCUUCAGAAUGUCAUAGAGAGGAAUCAAUAUAUCCCCAUAUGCAUCGGCGUCACGUCUUUCGCGGGCAUUUUAGAGCUUGUUUCUACCAUAAGGCAUCACCGAGUAAAGCAUCCUUAUAGAACGCUUGAUAUAAUUUGGAUACGUUUUAUGCAUUUAUUUCAAAAUAUAAAGCAAACAAUAGAUAUCCGUUUUGCCCUUUUCUUUAGCACAGGGUAUGUGAUACCCUCACUCAAUUUGAACCCUGGUUUUAACCAAACACACCAAGCCCUCCCCAGGCACGGAGGUAUUUAAUCAGUGCACGAAACAGUAUUGGAGUAUUUUGCUAUACCGACAUCUAUGUAAAGCAUAAUUGUGUCUGUCAAACAGGUAGGCUUACCACUUAUUUUUUGGAAUAUUAAGAAAUAGGCUCCAAUUAUAUAUGUAAUUCUAUGAUUAUGCCCAUAAAAAAUGUUGGUGCACACGUGCACAUAUAGAAGGUCCCUUACCAGGCAGAAUGGAAUUUCACUUUAAAAUGGGGGGGAGAGAGGGGGGAGAGAGCGAGAGAGAGCGAGAUUAGGAUGUAGUCUAUUUAAAUCUAAAAAAUAGAAGGUAAACAGGUGAUAGAUAAUUUAGUAAUCUUACAAAUUAAUGCGAGUGUAUGAUCAACGCUUACCUUUUAUUCAAAGACAAGUUAACUCGCUUGGCCUUCCUGGCAGCAAAAGCAUGCACUGCUUGUUGGAGGUUAAUUUUGUAAGACAACUUGUGCUCAAUUGAUAUGGUGGCGAGUCCAUUGAGUCUCUCUUGACUCAUAGUAGAGCUCAGGUAGUUUUUGAUGAGUUUGAGCUUGGAGAAUGUCACCAGGAGUGUGAGAAGAACUCUCAGGGCAACAAAGGCAUUGGGAUACAAGGAGGCCAUUUGGUGUCUGGAUAUGUACUCUAGUGCGUUGAGUGGUUUUGCCUCACUGUCCAGUCUCCUGCUCAAGACUUUGACUCCUUACACAGAACUUUACCAUCGAUGUCCCUGGAAUCCCCUAACGUAAGGGCCCUCUCCAGUGUUGCGCAGUCCCUGGUAAGUGCUGUAGUGUGCAUGUCCUUGAUGGUGGGGAUGUUUUAAAGAAUGCUGAAAAUACUGCUGUGCUCUUCGAGCUGCGUAAACCGCUUGUUUGACGGACUGAAUAGCAGAAUCAAGAAUCUGAUUAAAGAAAUGUACUUUGAAUUUCUGCUGAGGGUCAGUCACUAGGCUCGUCCUCUCCCUUGUAGCCAAACAGACUCCUCUUCUUCCUGGGACGGACUGUGGGCUGCACUGGGAAACAGGGCUCAAUACCCAUCUCCUCUGCCAACUCUUUUGCACUUGCUUAAGCGCCAGCGAAAGCUGCAUCGGAUCGGUAGUCUUGGAGGAAUACCCUGUUUGAGUUCAGUUGAGCCACUGCUAGUGAAAGUUUAAAACUCACCACCUGCAAACUCUUACUGGUGAUGUUCACUUCGAACAAGAUGUCAUACCAAACAACCACUGCGCACAUGAAGCCAAAGUUGUUCAUCUUGGUGGCGAUGCUGUUUGCCUCCAACCUUGUUUUAGCACCACAGCUGCCUAUGAGCUUGGUGUCAGUGGCGGUCGACAACAGGGCAUCAUAAAUCUCCCCGCGUUGGUAACGCACAGGUUUCACAGUCUCCACCCGGCUCUCCCAUCUCGUGGCGCUGAGGAGUUUCACUGUGAGUCCAUCUUUUACUUGCUCUUUCAACACGUCCCAGAGGUGUGUAGAUCGGGAUAGAAAUGUAUAAAUCUCUUGGAUGGUGUUAAAAAAACUCAGCCGCCUCCAAGCAACACGAUUCUGCAUCAGAGAGAACCAGGUUCAGCGAGUGCGUGCUGCAUGCACAAAAAAAGGGCCUCUGAUUGAUAUCCUGUACUCUCUUUUGAACUCCGCUGUGCCUCCCCCGCAUAUUCGCCCUGUUGUCAUAACCCUGCCCUCUCAUGUCCAUGAUGGCGAUGCCAUGUUUCUGUAGUUUUGAGAUGAGCAACUCGGUCAUGCCCGCCCCCGUUGCGUCAAGCAGUUCACUAAACUCCAGGAAGUGCUCUCUCGUACACACUGACCCAUCAUCCUCGGUUGAAACAAAAUGCACCACCAUGGUCAUCUGCUCUGUUUUGCUCUUGUCUGGUGUGCAGUCCGAAAUUAUAUAAAAAUAUUUGGCUGCUUUUAGAUCACUGCACACUGUCUGCUGGAUCUCUUGUGCCAGCAUGUCAAUGAUUUCGUUCUGGAUUAUUAUACCGAGGUAGUGCACAUGUUUCUUUGGACUGUAUUCUCCUUACAUGCUCCUUCAUGAUUCCAUCAAAGAUACCCAGCAUUUCCACUAACUUCAGAAAGUUCCCAUUAUUUGGCUCGUUCAGCCUAUCGGUGGUCCCACGUAACGCAAUGUUCUAGGUGGCCAUUACGCGUAUCAGGGCUAUGAGCCUCUGCAGCACCUGCUGCCAGUGGAGAGUCUCUCCGUCAAUAGCCCGUUGGGCUUGGGCAUCGAUAGUUUGCUUGGACACCAGCCUGAUCUCCAGCUCCUUCCACCUUUGGAAACUAUCUAGGUGGUCAUGCGACUUCUCAUGCGAGCUGAGGAGGUGGCACAGAUUCUUCCAGUCCCUGGUUCCAUCCCUGACCAGCGCAGAUUUGCACUCGUGUGAAAAAAGUUUGCAGCAAAAACAGAAGGCUGCAUCAUUUUGCUUGGAAGAGACAAGCCAUGUUCUCUCCACUCUCUCCCCGUUCGCCAUCCUCCUAUUGUAGUGGGCCACCGAAAACUUUCUUUGCCCCUCAUCUCUUGGGAAAUGCCCCUCUUUAUCCUGAUGUGGCCCAGCCUGUACUAACAUAUCCCGUAAAGAUCCAUUCAUAUAUUUUGGCCACUCACCGGGAUCUUUUAGGGUUUUUUUUCUCUGGGAGUUGGAUUUAGCAGCACCACCACCACUGUCAUCGGGGACGGGGAGCUACGAAUCUGGGUCUGGUUCCAAGAUAGUAGGGUCUUCGCCAGCGUUGUUUGGAGGUGUGGCUAGGCCUGGUGCAACCACCUGUUCUUGUCCAGCCAGAGAGCUGUCAUCAUCAGUGGAAGUGCAUGGCUCGGACUCCCGGUUUGCCCUCUUCGCUGCUAGAAUCAGCGAACGGGGGCUCGUUGUUCUCGGCGAAUGAAUGGCCUGUCCUCUGAGGCUUGUCACUCUCCACACCGGCUGAUGGACAUUGCUGCACGCUGAUCAAUUUCAGCAGCAAAUUUCUUUGGUUUAGAGGUUGUGCCUCUUUUCUCAUUCGUUUUUUAAAAUAUUUGCUUCCUGGUUGUUUUUGUCUCUUAGACAUGGUAGCAAAUUGCUUCAAAUCUCUAUAGCUUACUUUUAGCUAAAAUUAUAUCCACUAGUAGUAGCUAGCUAACAUUAACAGGCUAGGAUAGGCUACUGCCUUAAUCACUAAUCGUCUUCAUCAUACACAAACAUAAAAAAAACAACAAUCAUUUGAUUGGCAGAUUCAUUUUUAUUAAUUCUCAAUUGGAUAAUCCCAUAUAAACACACACAUCACCAUAACUACCAAGGAUAGUGGGAGUGAACUUUGGGAGAAGAGGGAAUGGGGUGAGGGCGGGAACUGCAGCAACACUAUGAGCUGGUGGCUGGGGUGCCGUUGGCGGUGUAGCAGCCGAUCAGGGGCGCCGGAGGGCGGCAGCCAAUUGUCAAAAUGCCGCCCCAAAUUCAAGUGCCGACAUAGGCGGCUGUCUAAUCUUGCCUAAUGGGAGGGCCGACCCUGACAGCCUGGCUCCUGGGACUCACUGGGCCAUAGCCUCAGUUGACCUGCUCUUACUUGGGGCCAAGGUAAGACCGCAGGGGCUUUUUGGUAGAGCCUGACCGAUUUAUCGGUUAACCGAUAUUAUCCUUUAACGGAUGUAUUUGAAUCUGCAUUUAAUCCACCGAAAAGGACCGAUAUAAAAUGCGGGAAAAAUGCUUGGGAAAAAAGCUGUUCUUCAUAGAAUUUGACUUUAUUUAUGCAUUUCAUUAUAUUUGUCCUGAGCUUGCCAGCUCAAUAAAGUACAAAGAAAUUGCACUGGCCAUAUACUGUUAUGUGAAGUGUCAUGGUAGGGUGUGUGGUGUCAUGACAAACAAUGGAUACUAUGCCCAAAUGUAAAGCAAGUGCCGUGCUAAGAAUGUUCAACUCUGUGGUAACAAUGUUACAGCCCUUUUUGGCUUUAGUUAAGCCUACAAAAUCUUGUGUGUGUUAUUUGCUUUUUCAAAGGGUAUUCCUCAAGCUCUGUCAUUCAAAUGUUUUCAGAGACACAAAAAAAACAUAGCAGGUUACAAAGUAGCUCAUCGUAGCUACGUUUUGAUGUAUGGGUUGUCACUUGUCAGGAACGGGUCCAAAUUCACGUUCCGCCACCCCCAUCUAACCAGCUAAAGUUGUCCACAUGCUUCCCAGCCCAAACAGUUCGGAAGUGUUUGUGCAUAUAUUAUGACGAAAUUUUUGUUCGUUUUGGAUUUUGGUACGAGUUUUUUCAGCUGUUCGGGCAUACACAUUUUUUUAACGAGGCCAGCCGAAGUUCGGGAGCCGAAGUCUACGCCCCUUGGUCUGUGAUUGGUCAACUGUAGGGAUUCUUCAAUAAAGUAUUUGUUGUCAUUCAACAAGAGACGACUCGUUUUCAUGCACAUUUUUUUAUUGAGAAAUACUGCAUCGAACAUCUUAGUUAAUGUAAAAUUGCGGACUAAGAUCUCCUCUGCAAAAACGUCGAAAUUAAUGACAGAUUUCUUGAGUUAUCAUAGAUCAUUUCUGACUAUUUUGAGGAAGUGUAUAUUGGCUACAGCGUCUCAAAAUGGACAAACCGUAACUAGCUGACACCUUAACUAGCUGUGAGAGAGAGUACUUGAUGCUGUUCACUGAGGGUUAGUGCUAUCCGGAAUCCUUGGGACGUCCCUACGCUAAACCCAAACCUUAACCCUUACCGUAACCAUUUUAAAUAUACACUUCAAUGGGGUAGAGACGUCCCAAGGAAUCCCGGAUUGCAAGGACCGUUCACUGCGGCAUCGCUUUGAGCGAGAGGCAGCGUUGUGCCAGUGGCUAAUUUUGUGCUUGAUGUUUUUCCUUUCAAGUGACAACUACCAGAAUUGAGUGGCUACAGCCCAACAAUAGAUGAAAACAUAGCUAAAUACUAAUACAUUGAAUAUGUGUCCAACUGGCUAGAAUGAGGCAGCUCAGUCUUCAGAGCCUAGGCACAUUUUUGCUGGAAUCAGUUUAUCCUCCUUUCACUAGAGUAACACACAGUUUUUCCAUUAAAAAAUCUAAAUGUGAUGUGGUGCUUACAUGAAUGUUCUUUCCUCAAAUUUAAGAAAUCAGCUCUCUGAGUAUCUUUCUAGGGCUGUUUUAAGCACAAUCCAUACAGAUUUUUUUUUUUUUCCAUUCCAGCUAUAAUAAUAAAAAUAUUGGCAGAUACAGUGCAUUCGGAAAGUAUUCAGACCCCCUGACUUUUUCCACAUUUUGUUACGUUACAGCCUUAUUCUAAAAUGGAUUAAAUCGUUUUUUCCCCCUCAUCAAUCUACACACAAUACCCCAUAAUGACAAAGCAAAAACAGGUUUGAAGCACCUCUGGCUGGGCCACUCAAGGACUUGUCCCGAAGCCACUCCUGCGUUGUCUUGGCUGUGUGUUUAGGGUCGUUGUCCUGUUGGAAGGUGAACCUUUGCCCCGGUCUGAGGUCUUGAGCACUCUGGAGCAGGUUUUCAUCAAGGAUCUCUCUGUACUUUGCUCCGUUCAUCUUUCCCUCGAUCCUGACUAGUCUCCCAGUCCCUGCCACUGGUUAACAUCCCCACAGCAUGAUGCUGCCACCACCAUGCUUCACUGUAGGGAUGGUGGCAGGUCUCCUCCAGACGUGAUGCUUGGCAUUCAGGCCAAAGAGUUCAAUCUUAGUUUCAUCAGACCAGAGAGUAUUGUUUCUCAUGGUCUGAGAGUCUUUAGGUGCCUUUUGGCAAAUGUGCCUUUUACUGAGGAGUGGCUUCCGUCUGGCCACUCUACCAUAAAGGCCUGAUUGGUGGAGUGCUGCAGAGAUGGUUGUCCUUCUGGAAGGUUCUCCCAUCUUCACAGAGGAACUCUAGAGCUCUGUCAGAGUGACCAUUGGGUUCUUGGUCACCUCCCUGACCAAGGCCCUUCUCCCCCGAUUGCUCAGUUUGGCCGGGCGGUUCCAAACUUCUUCCAUUUAAGAAUGAUGGAGGCCAGUGUGUUCUUACGGAUAUUUCCUUCGACCCUAUGGCUUGUUUUUUUCUCUGAAAUGCAGUGUCAACUAUGGGACCUUGAAUAGACAGGUGUGUGCCUUUCCAAAUGAAUUUACCACAGGUAGACUCCAAUCAAGUUGUAGAAACAUCUCAAGGAUGAUCAAUGGAAACAGGAUGCACCUGAGCUCAAUUUCGAGUCUCAUAGCAAAGAGUCUGAAGACUAAAUAAGGUAUUUCUGUUUUAAAUUGUUUAUACAUUUACAACAAUUUAUAAAAACCAGUUUUUCGCUUUGUCAUUAUGAGGUAUUGUGUGUAGAUUGAUCAGGAAAAAAAGUAAUUUAAUUCAUUUUAGAAUAAGGCUGUAACGUAACAAAAUGUGGCAAAAGUGAAGGGGUCUGAAUACCUUCCGAAUGCACUGCAUCGGUUAUCGGUGAAUAUUUCCACUCUAAAAUCGGAAUCUGUAUCGGAUCCGAAAAUCUCAUAUCGGUCAGGCUCUACUUUUUGGAUGGCAUUUACAUAACAAUGGCUAACUGUGAACAUGGGUUUACGUCUGCGAUGGUUAACACCUCACAAAUCCACUGUUUUGAUUAUGCAGAGGUUGUUGAUUCUGCUCUUCACAAGUCCUCAAUGUCUAGUUAUGAAAAAACAAUUUCCCUAGUAUAACAUCAGGGGUGUGUACUAGUGUAACACUGGUGUUGCAGUUGAAAAGCAGCACCAGUUUCCUGUGCUUGUCACUGCCUGUUAUCCUUGGGAAGCCAGUCUGGCACUCAGACAUUCUAUCACUUGUUUCAGACGCAGCACAGAGUUCAGCCUUUUGUACAUAAAUCCUUUUGAUGUAACCAUGCGGAGGAGGGAGGGUUUUGAAACAUUGAUUUGCGACUGAGGUUUUGUCAGCUUAUUUUAAAAGAUUUAAAGAACAUGAAAGGCUGCCCUCGGUCAGGGCAGUGACACACACAAACACAAACAGAUUUGUUAACCUUAGUUAUGAUGGAGGAAGUGGUUAUAUUUACAGGUUUAAAGGCCAUCCAUCCUGUUUAUACCUCUAUGGCCACUCUCCAUAACUGUCCAUGUGAAAGCCUGUCAUAUUAAUCCAAUCUACUAGGACAGCCAGAGUACAAACAUGGGAGGAACAAUGACAGCACUGCUAUCUCUGAUGUUUAAAUAAUGUAGGAAGCUCUUGUAAAUAUAGCAGCAUGUAACUAAAGCUCUUGAGCACUCAUUUGCAUUUAUAUCUUAAAGCACCAAGCACUCUGGAGACGAGUGCAAAUGUACUUGGUAGCGAGAUAGAGCUAUUACUUAAUUUAUUAGGUUUGGAUAUUUUUCAGAAUGCAUUCUAGCAAAUCGUCAGUUAUUGUUUAGUGGGGAUAGAGAAAGAACAGAAAUAGAACAGAAGACUAAUGACUAUUGUUCUAAUGAAUCACUAAUGCCUGCUGCUGCCGUUUUAGUCUCCCAGUAAAAUUCCUUAAAAAUGUAUUUAUUCUUAGAAUGAUUUGGACUUAAGGCCUAGUUUGCCUCCCCUUUGACAAGUUCUCACAGCAAAUAUCUGUGGCGCGAGAACGAUGAAAACGUGAUGUAGGUCUAAUGUGAGUGUGAACGCUAUGGCCAUACGUUGUUGAUGCUUUGAAUUGGAGACCAUCCAUUUGGUCCACUGGGACUUCUGUGUCAGAGCUGUAGCCAGAGCUCUUUCUAUUUGGGCCUGGAUUAGACCCAAAGUAAGCCCAUAUUGAGUCUCAGCCAGGGACAAGCCUAUUUGUGCCAAAAAUGGUGCUGAUUUGACUCUUGGGAUCUGUUUACGCUCACAUUCAACACACAAAGCACAGGUCAGUAAAGAGAGUGGAGGGUCCAGGAAGACCCUUUUGACUAUGAUAUAAUCCGAGCUUUAGGAGAUCAUCUAUGGAGACUUGUGUUUGUCUUAGAGCUGGGGCCCUCAUGGACAAUGGGGCGUAUUCCACAGGCAGGGACACACACACUCACUAACUGGGUCAACUGAUCAAUACUGCGAGGUCAGGGUUAUUGCAUCAUGUAACCAAGAAAUAGGAGGAUUGAGUGUUUGACAUCCUCACCUGGACAGCCAGGUGGUGUCUAAGACCUCAUCACCCUACAACCCAGUUUCUCUUUUAGGCUACAUGAUGAUAUUCUACUUCUAACUGACAUAUGGAGACUCCUCUGUGUGCCUGCAAGCUUGAGAAAUCAGCUUUGCACUCUGUCUGGAAACUUGAUUGGACAAAUCUUUUUCUGACCUAACAAAUCACUGCAGAAUUGAGAGGGCCCACACCGUGUGGUGUAAAGAGAACAUCCCAGUCUGGCCCCCAGGCUAGCCUACACCACUGAAUAAUUAUAAGUGCCUUUUGCCCCCAGCUUCAAGUGCUGAGGCGGUGUUCCCUAGUAGGAAGUUUGCUGUGUGCAGCUCACCCUGCACUAUCAGCGCAAACAUAAAUAUCACUGUCAUGUCUACUUCUGAUAAGCCGCUCAGUAAAGUGCUAAAUAACUUGCUAGUAACAGAUGAGAUUCAUAUACUGACUGAUUUCUGAAACUCAUUUAGAUACUACCUUUGAUGAUAUAGUGGUAGCAAUACAUGGUUAUAACAUCUACAGAAAAGACAGAAAUGCCAAUGGGGGUAGUGUUGCGCUCUAUAUUCAGAGCCACAUUCCAGUAAAGCUUAGAGAGGAUCUCAUGUACUUCAAAUACUGUUCAAGUAAUAUGGCUACAGGUUCAUCUGCCACACCUAAAGCCCAUUCUUGUUAGGAAGCUGCUAUAGACCACUGAGUGCUAGCAGUCAGUAUCUGGAUAAUAUGUGUGAAAUGCUUGAUAAUGUAUGUGAAAUCAACAGAGAGGUAUAUUUUCUGGGUGACCUAAAUAUUGACUGGCUUUCAUCAAGCUGCACACUCAAGAAAAAGCUUCAAACUGUAACCAGUUCCUGCAACCAGGUUCAGGUUAUCAGUCAACCUACCAGGGUAUUUACAAACAGCACAGGAAUUAAAUAAUCCACGUGUACUGAGCACAUCAUUACUAAUGCUGCAGAAAUCUGUUGUAAAGCCGUAUCCAAAUCUAUCGGAUGUAGUGAUCACAAUAUGGUAGCCAUAUCUAGGAAAACCAAAGUUCCAAAGGCUGGACCUAAUAUUGUGUAUGAGGUUCUACAAGAGGUUUUGUAGUUAAUCCUAUAUUGGUGUUGUAAAGAAUAUUUGCUGGUCUGUGGUGUGUAAUGAGGAUCAACCAGACACUGCACUUGACACAUUUAUGAAAUUGCUUACUCCAGUUACUAAUAAGCAUGCAACCAUUAAGAAAAUGACUGUAAAAACUGUUAAAUCCCCAUAGAUUGAUGAGGAAUUGAAAAAUGUUAUGGUUGAGAGGGAUGAGGCAAAAGGUAUGACAAAUAAGUCUGGCUGAAUAACCUAUUGGCAAACCUACUGAAAUUUGAGAAAUCAUGUGACCAAAAAGAAGAAGAAACUAUACUAUGAAACAAAGAUGAAUGAUAGUAAAAGGUUUGUUGCACCUUAAAUUACAACAAACUCAGCUCCAUCAUUCAUUGAAUCAGAUGGCUCAUUCAUCACAAAACCCACUGAUAUUGCCAACUAAUGAUUUUGUAAAUUGGCAAGAUUAGCAAACUUAGUCAUGACAUGCCAGCAAGAAACGCCGAACCUACACAUCCAAGUAUAACUGACCAAAUUAUGAAAGAUGCAUUGUAAUUUUGAAUUCCGUAAAGUGAGUGUGGAAGAGCUGAAAAAAUUGUUGUCUAUCAAAAAUGACAAGCUACCUAGGUCUGACAACUUGGAUGGGAAAUGACUGAGGAUGAUAGCGGAUGAUAUUGCCACUCCUAUUUGCCAUCUCCUCAAUCGAAGCUUACAAAAAAGUGUGCCCUUAAGCCUGGAGGGAAGCAAAAGUCAUAGUAGAAUAGUAAAGCACCCUUUACUGGCUCAAUGAGCCGACCAAUCAGCCUGUUACCAACCCACAAACAAAUUAUGUUUGACCAGAUAAAAUGCUAUUUUACAGUAAAUAAAUUAACCAACUUUCAGCACACUUAUAGGGAAGGGCAUUCAACAUGCACGACACUUACACAAAUGACUGAUGAUUGGCUGAGAGAAAUUGAUAAUAAAAAGAUUGUGGGAGCUGUUUUGUUAGACUUCAGUGCUGCGUUUGACAUUAUCGAUUAUAGUAUGCUGCUGGAAAAACGUAUAUGUUAGGGCUUUACACCCCCUGCUAUAUUGUGGAUUGAGAGUUACCAGAACUCAGAGGAUGUUCUUUAAUGGUAGCCUCUCCAAUAUAAUCCAGGUAGAAUCAGGCAUUCCCCAGGGAAGCUGUCUAGGCUCAUUUACUUUUUUCUAUCUUUACUAAUUACCUUGCUCUGAGUAAAGCCUGUGUCUAUGUAUGCAGAUGACGCAACCCUAUACACGUCAGCUACUACAGUGAGUGAAAUCACUGUAACACUUAACAAAGAGCUGCAGUCAGUUUCAGAAUGGGUGGCAAGAAAUGUUAGUCCUAAAUAUCUCAAACUAAAAUCAUUGUAUUUGGGACAAAUCAUUCACAAAUCCCUAAACCUCAACUUCAUCUUGUAAUGAAUAAUGUGGAAAAUGAUUAAGUUGAGGAGACUAAACUGCUUGGAGUAACCCUGGAUUGUAAACCGUUAUGCUAAAACAUAUUGAUGCAACAGUUGCUAAGAUGGGGCGAGGUCUGUCCAUAAUAAAGCGCCACUCUGCCUUAACAACAAUAUCAACAAGGCAGGUCCUACAGGCCCUAGUUUUGUCGCACCUGGACUACUGCCCAGUCGUGUGGUCAAGUGCCACAUAGAUGGACUUGGGAAAAUUAUAAUUGGCCCAGAACGCCCUUAAAUGUAUAUGUAUAUGUAUACCUAACAUUAAUAAUAUGCAUGCCAAUCUCUCAUGGAUCAAAGUAGAGGAGAGAUUGACUUCAGCACUAUUUGUUUUUGUAAGAAGUAUUGACAUGUUGAAUGCCCGAGCUGUCUGUUUAAACUACUAGCACACAGCUCGGACACCCAUGCAUACACCACAAGACAUGCCACCAGAGGUCUCUUCACAGUCCCCAAGUCCAGAACAGACUAUGGGAGGCACACAGUACUAUGUAGAGCCAUGGCGACAUGGAACUCUAUUCCCCACCAAGUAGCGACCUUUGCUGCUAUAACAGCCUCCACUCUUCUGGGAAGGCUUUCCAAAUGAUAUUGGAACAUUGCUGCGGGUAGUUGCUUCCAUUCAGCCACGAGCAUUAGUGAGGUCGGGCACUGAUGUUGGGCGAUUAGGCCUGGCUCGCAGUCGAUGUUCCAAUUCAUCCCAAAGGUGUUUGAUGGGGUUGAGGUCAGGGCUCUGUGCAGGCCAGUCAAGUUCUUCCACACCGAUCUCAACAAACCAUUUCUGUAUGGACCUCGCUUUGUGCACGGGGGCGUUGUCAUGCUGAAACAGGAAAGGGCUUUCCCAAAGCUGUUGCCACAAAGUUGGUAGCACAGAAUCGUCUAGAAUGUCAUUGUAUGCUGUAGCGUUAAUAUUUCCCUUCACUGGAACUCCUCCACUAAACUUUACAGUUGGCACUAUGCAUUCGGGCAGGUAGUGUUCUCCUGGCAUCCGCCAAACCCAGAUUCGUCCGUCGGACUGCCAGUGGUGAAGCGUGAUUCAUCACUCCAGAGAACGCGUUUCCACUGCGCCAGAGUCCAAUGGCGGCGAGCUUUACACCACUCCAGCAGACGCUUGGCAUUGCGCAUGGUGAUCUGAGGCUUGUGUGCAGCUGCUUAGCCAUGGAAACCCAUUUCAUGAAGCUCCCGACGAACAGUUUGUGUGCUGACGUUGCUUCCAGAGGCAGUUUGGAACUCUGUAGUGAGUGUUGCAACUGAGGACAGACGAUGUUUACGCGCUACAGGCUUCAGCACUCGGCGGUCCCGAUCUAUGAGCUUGUGUGGCCUACCACUUCGUGGCUGUCGUUGUUGCUCCUAGAUGUUUCCACUUCACAAUAACGGCACUUACAGUUAACCAGGGCAGCUCUAGUAGGGCAGAAAUUUGAUGAACUGACUUGUUGGAAAGGUGGCAUCCUAUGUCACUAAGUCACUGAGCUCUUCAGUACGGGCCAUUCUACUUCCAGUGUUUCUCUACGGAGAUUGCAUGGCUGUGUGCUCAAUGUUAUAUACCUGUCAGCAACGGAAAUAGUCUAAUCCACUCAUUUGUAGGGGUGUCCACAUACUUAUGGCCAUGUAGUGUAAAAAUACACCUUAUGGAACAGCGAGGACUGUGAAGAGUCACGCACACAGCUACAAACACACAUAACAUACACACACACAUAACAUACACACUAUACACACUUACACCUGGAUUGUGUGUUGUAGUGGCCGGAGGCACACACUUAAUGUAUUUGGAAAUCUGUUGUAAAUGUAUUUUAAUGUUUAAAAUUUGUUUUAUAAUGUAUAUUACUGCUUUAGUUUUUGCUGGACCAAUGGAAGAGUAGCUGCUGCCUUGGCAGCAUUUAAUGGGGAUCCAUAAUAAAUACAAAAAGAUUGGUACAGUGUAGGCCCUAAUAAUGGAAUGGAGAGUGAAUAUGCCCCACAACCUCUCUAGUCUGUGUGUAGACUAUAAUCAAUACAGUGAACCCUGAAGGGGCUUGGGAGUGGAGUGGUGGUUGGUGGGGGGCAUCUCUGCUCUCUGUUUAAGUCCCUAGUUCAGCAGCUCCCACACUGAGACCCUCCAAGGCCUCAUUUGCAGCUGUUUGUUCUCCUUAGUUCUCUCUUGACCUACUUUCCCCUCUAAUACUCCGUUUUUUUCUCCUGUCUCUUUCUCCCAUAUGCAGCCACAGUGGAGUGCUACAACCCGAGGACAAACGAGUGGACAUACGUCGCCAAAAUGAACGAGCCACACUACGGCCACGCAGGGACUGUGUACGGCGGUUACAUGUAUAUUUCCGGUACGUAUGUGGCUCCAAAUCAAGUUACCAAUGUCAGUGGGUAGUUUAGUCCUAUUAGAUCCAGGGCUUGGAGGGAGGCUCUUUUCCCAUUUGACUGUACUUAUGUUUUAGAGCCACUGACUAUACCAGAUGGCAGUGCUCUGUUUGAGAGAGUGACUGGUAUCCUACAAGAUAGAUGUGUGGGUUUUCUGUGGGUGACUAAAGCCUCACAUGUUUGACAGUCACGCUUCCUAAUCGUUUCAGUCCCACAUUAGCCAUAAGAUGGAGCAGAGAGUGGGCCAUCCAACCGUGGCCAAACAGCAGGCUGUGAUGACAGUAAAGCAUCCUUCAUUACAAGGUCAUACAGUGAAAUUCUGCAGACCCUGCUCCUUCUCAACCCCUCCCUCCCACAUCACUGGGGUCUAGUUCGCUGUGAUAUUUUGGGGGGGAUAUUGUAAAGAUGGUUGGAAGUAUUGAUUGGGUGGUUGUCAGAGACUUGGGUGCGACUAAUCCCCUGUCUCUCUGUAGGAGUCAGCCCUGUGCUUGUUCACUUCAUAGAAUUGAAAACAAAUCCUGCCUUAUGGAGAUGAGCCCAAGUUUCCCAAAGUGUGACUAAUACAAAGUGAUGCUGGACAGAGAGAAAGAGAGGGAGGGGUGGAUGAGAGAGGGAGUGAGAGGAAAAGAAGGAAGGGGUGAUGACUGUGUAGGAGGGGCAUGUCCAUAGAGCUCCAACACACAAGCGAGGUUAUGUUUAUCUCCCCCGGCCUCUGGGCACAGUGUUCAUAAGUAUAACCCAGACACCUCAUAGCCUACUACUAACACCGUAACCCUCCUUCACCCAGUGGCACCUCACCUGCUCUGAUCCAGCCUCAGACUCCAGUAGAGGAACAACAUGGGCCUGGUGGCCCUAGCUUUGGCAUUUUAGCUUCCCGGCUGAUGGGGCUUACUGCCUCAACCUUUAUGUAUUUCUGUCAAUGGUUGGCAUGUGGCUUAUGGUCAGACUGGCACUUCUGGGUUCCUCUACUGAGAACAUCUCAAAUGGUAGUGUUAACGGUCAUGGUGUGUUUGAACUUUUAUCACCCCAGAAAGUCAACUUCCCUCCUUGUGAUGGAGCAUCUCUUAGUGUCAUCCUGAGUAACAUGAGGAGGCUUCACUGCACAUGCACCUUUCUAAAAUGGCAAGAGUCUGCCUGGAGUCACUGGGCAAUGGUUAGGCUUAGAUACAGUGCAUUCUGAAAGUAUUCAGACCCCAUGACCUUGUCCACAUUUUGUUACGUUACAGCCUUGUCCUAAAAUUGAUUAAAAUGUGUUUUUACCCCUCAUCAAACUACACAAAAUACUCCAUAAGGACAGAGCAAAAACAUGUUUUUAGACAUUUUUGCAAAUGUAUAUAUAAAACAAAAAAAAUGUACUUAGGGAGUUUCUCCCAUUCUUCUCUGCAGAUCCUCUCACGCUCUGUCAGGUUGGAUGGGGAGCAUCGCUGCACAGCUAUUUUCAGGUCUCUCCAGAGAUGUUCGAUCGGGUUCAAGUCCGGGCUCUGGCAGGGCCACUCAAGGACAUUCAGAGACUUGUCCCGAAGCCACUCCUGUGUUGUCUUGGCUGUGUGCUUUGGGUCGUUGUCCUGUUGGAAGGUGAACCUUAGCCCCAGUCUGUGGUCCUGAGUGCUCUGGAGCAGGUUUUCAUCAAGGAUCUCUCUCUACCUUGCUCUGUUCAUCUUUUCCUCGAUCCUGACUAGUCUCCCAGUCCCUGCCGCUGAAAAACAUCCACAAAGCAUGAUGCUGCCACCACCAUGCUUCACCGUAGGGAUGGUGCCAGGAUUCCUCUAGACAUGACGCUUGACAUUCAGGCCAAAGAGUUCAAUCUUGGUUUCAUCAGACCAGAGCAUCUUGUUUCUCAUGGUCUGAGAGUCCUUUAGGUGUCUUUUGGCAGACUCCAAGCGGGCUGUCAUGUGCCUUUUACUGAGGAGUGGCUUCUGUCGGUCCACUCUACCAUAAAGGCCUGAUUGAUGGAGUGCUGCAGAGAUGGUUGUCCUUCUGGAAGGUUCUCCCAUCUCCACAGAGGAACUCUGGUGCUCUGUCAGAGUGACCAUUGGAUUCUUGGUCACCUCCCUGACCAAGGCCCUUCUCCCCCGAUUGCUCAGUUUGGCCGGGCGGCCAGCUCUAGGAAGAGUCUUGGUGUUUCCAAACUUCUCCCAUUUAAGAAUGAUGGAGGCCACUGUGUUCUUGGGGGGCCUUCAAUGCUUCAGAAAUGUUUAGGUACCCUUCCCCAGAUCUGUGCCUCGACACAAUCCUGUCUCGGAGCUCUACGGACAAUUCCUUCGACCUCAUGGCUUGGUUUUUGCUCUGACAUGCGCUGUCAACUGUGGGACCUUUAUAUACUCAAAUCAAGUUGUAGAAACAUCUCAUGGAUAAUCAAUGGAAACAGGAUGCACCUGAGCUCAAUUUCGAGUCUCAUAGCAAAGGGUCUGAAUACUUAUGUAUAUAAGGUAUUUUUGUUUUUAAUUUGAAAUACAUUUGCCAAUAUUUCCAAAAACCUGUUCGCUUUGUCAUUAUUGUGUGUAGAUUUAUGAGGACCUUUUUUUAUUUAAUCAAUUUUAGAAUAAGGCUAUAAUGUACCAAAAUGUGGAAAAGGGAAGGGGACUGGAUACUUUACAAAUGCACUGUAUCUCCACCUUUCCAGAUAGAGUUCUGUACUGUAGAGCUCAUUAAUUAAACAAGCCCCCCUCGAGCAGCGGGGCAAGCUGCUUUCCUCCAUGGACACUGGCAGCAUGCAGAGAUUAGCUUUUAUGACAGCUCGCAUGUUUAUAAACUAUCACUAGUGAUGGAAGUCAGGUGGAGCAGAGACAUUAUCAGCCAGUGUGUCUCUGUUGGGGAUUGGCCCUCCUGCUGCACCCCAUGUCUCAGGGGUCACGACCUCACUGUGCAAGGUGGCCCACUUGGGGGUGCAGGCCGUGUCUCGCUGUCGUUCCAGAUCAGGUGCUGGGCGGUGGCUGUGCUGCCGUGUUGUCUGAAGGCAUCCUGUCCGGUGAAUGGAGCUGACACACUGAGUCAAGCCACAGGCCAUCACAGCUCUGCUCCCACUCCCAGGGUGGGGCUCAGACACCCAGCCAGCACGGCUUUACACUACUGA